CAUUUUGACUACAUUGGUGGUCCUUCUGUGCAUGAUGGCGGCUACUGUGGGUAGGGUUAGCGGAGUAAGGUUGCUUAAAUCGAAUUGUAAUGUUUUACGAUCUCAGGUUGCCAGCAUCUCCACCGCAAGGACGAGUUGGUCCAGAGGGAAAAAAGCGUUGGUGACUACAAUCGGCAUUGUAACGGGAGGAGUCGGCGCACUUGCCAUUGCUCUUGAUCGAUCAGUAAAAGCAGCCGAUCUAGACUUACACCCACCAAAACAGCCAUGGCCCCACAAUGGUCUUUUUCAGUCUCUUGACCAUGCCAGUGUUCGCCGGGGAUACGAAGUUUACAAGCAAGUGUGUGCUGCAUGCCAUAGUAUGAAGUAUAUGGCAUACAGAAACUUGAUUGGUGUUUCUCAUACAGAAGCAGAAGCUAAAGCGGAAGCUGAAGAAGUUCAGGUUCAGGAUGGGCCUGAUGAUAACGGCAACAUGUUCAUGAGGCCAGGUAAAUUGUCUGAUUACUUCCCAGAUCCAUAUCCAAAUGAAGAAGCAGCUCGUGCAGCCAACAAUGGAGCAUAUCCUCCAGACCUGACAUAUAUAACAUCUGCACGUCAUGGUGGUGAGGACUAUGUGUUUUCUCUACUAACGGGCUAUUGCGAUCCACCUGCCGGUGUAGUUCUCAGGGAAGGCCAGUAUUACAACCCAUACUUUCCUGGUGGAGCUAUAAGUAUGGCACAAGCUCUCUACAACGAGGUCAUAGAGUAUUCAGACGGAACUCCAGCAACAGCCAGCCAGCUUGCGAAAGAUGUUAGCACGUUCUUGAAAUGGGCUGCGGAACCAGAACACGAUGAAAGGAAACAGAUGCUUAUAAAGGUGCUGUUCAUUUUCCCUAUGUUACUUGGUGUUGUCUAUUACAUCAAGAGGCACAAGUGGUCACUUCUUAAGAGCAGGAAGAUGGCAUUCAGGCCCCCAACUCAAAAAUGAUUGGAAAAAUAGGAAAAUUUUCAGAAGAUUUGUAGUUUGAAGAUCAUUAAUGAACUUUAAUCAAAUUCUAUUGGUAGCAGAUUUAUUGGUGAUAAAAUAUUCAGGCAAAACAAGAAAUAAAUUGUGAUUCAGUAUUCCCAAAUCAAUAAGCAGAUUUUAAGUGGUCACAUAACAUUACUGCAAACCCAGUGAAACAGCUUAAACCCUGAAUUAAUUUUUGCCUUUUGAAGGCAGCAGAUAACACAGUUUUAUGCACUGCAAAGUUAAUGUGAAAAUGAAGGACUUCAUUAAAUGUGAAGCGUCAGUUUCCUUCAGUGUAUUUUGUUAUUUAUUCACUGAAAUGCUUACAGUUAGCAGGUCUUACCACAGCAUCAGACUUCACACAUGCAUCAUGUGGCAUUAAAAGAUUGUGGUGUAUGUACAAAUAUUUAUAAUAAAGAUCUGCUACUGUAAAUGGAUAGUUUGUUGCUUCUUCUGUACAUUGCAUGUUUUCUGUACGUUGUAUAUUUCCGGGUUCAGUCAAGUUGGAUUGCUUGAGAAAUGUAAAAGCUGUUAUGACACUUUAAAAAUAUAUUAUUGGUGUAUACUGGA